CACCACCUCCACCACCUCUACCUCCACCUCCUCCACCACCACCUCCUGCUGCUGCUGUUCUGGCUGUCCAGCCCAGCUAAACUGAACUCUGUAAAGGUGAGGUCGCUUCGAAGGCUCCGAGGGAGGCGCCAGGAGGAGAUCCUCCCGGCCGUGAGAUGUCGCGGGGACACCCUGGCGGUCAGGAGCCUCAUUUUCAAGAGGACCUCCGGUCUGAAGCGGAUGAGCCCGGCGAAGCGGAGGACCUCAGUGAAGAAGAGGAGCUUACGGCCGAUGACGGGGAACUUCAUUCAGAUGACGGGGACCUUCAGUCCGAUGACGGGAAGCUACAGUCAGAUGAUGAGGACAUUCGUGUUAAAGAAGAACCUUUGGAGAACGAGAAAGAGGACCUUGAGUCCAAUGAUAGGAAGCUUCAGUCCGAUGAGGAUCUUCAGAGUGACAAUGGGGACCUCGAUUCUGACGAAGAGGGUCUUGACGUCAAAGAAGGGCCAUUGGAGAAUGAGGACUCUCGGCCUCACGGUUCUAUCGAGAGACCCGGGAAGUCGCGUGGAGAUCCGGGGACUCCCUCGGACGUGGCGGAGAUCGAGGUGGUCCUGGAGAACAGCAGGGGCCGGAGGAACCGGACGGACGGCAGGAAAUCCGGCGACAACAAGAAGUCGCUCAGUUGCCCUCUGUGCGGCAGGGCGAUGGCGUGCUUAUCGGCCCUGAAGAGGCACGCGAUGACGCACACGGGGGAGAGGCCCUUCAAGUGCUCCGUGUGCGGGAACGGCUUCCGGCUCGCGUCGACCCUCAAGAGCCACGCGAUGAUCCACACGGGGGAGAAGCCGUACAAGUGUUCCCUGUGCGCCAGGGACUUCAUCCACUCAUCGGCCCUCAAGAGGCACAUGAUGAACCACACCAACGAGAAGCCGCACAAGUGCUCGGCGUGCGGCAAGGCCUUCACCGACUCGUCGACGCUCAAGAGCCACCUCAAGAGCCACACGGGCGAGAGGCCGCACGAGUGCCCGACGUGCGGCAAGACCUUCGGGCACCUCUCCAACUUCAGGAUCCACGUCAAGAUCCACACGGGCGAGCGGAAUCACCGCUGCCCCGUGUGCGACAAGGGCUUCCUGGAGGCGAAGUCUCUCAAGAACCACCUGAUGGUGCACACGGGAGAGAAGCCUCACAAGUGCGCCGCGUGCGGCAAGGGCUUCACGAAGCCGUCCUUCCUCAGGAACCACGAGUUGACGCACGGGGACGAGAAGCCGCACAAGUGCGACGCUUGCGGGAAGGCCUUCACCCAGCUGGCGGCCCUCAGGGUCCACGCGAUGGGCCACUCGGGCGAGAGGCCGCACAAGUGCGACGUCUGCGGCAAGGACUUCGCGUACCUCUCGGCCCUGAAGGUCCACGCGAUGAUCCACACGGGCGAGAAGCCGCACCGGUGCCCGAUAUGCGACAAGGACUUCAGAAAGUCGUCGGCCUGCAGCCGGCACAUGAAAUCGCACAGCGCGGAGAAGCCGUACAAGUGCUUCGUCUGCGGGAGGAACUUUGCGGAUCUCUCGAAUCUCAACUUCCACGUGAAGUGUCUCAAUCACAGUGCCGUGCCCACAGGUGAGGUCGCUUCGAAGGCUCCGAGGGAGGCGCCAGAAGGAGAUCCUCCCGGCCGUGAGAUGUCGCGGGGAGACCCUGGCGGAGACGUGGAGGAGGUGGAGGAGGUGGAGGAGGUGAAGGAGUUGGAGGAGGUGGAGGAGGUGAAGCAGUUGGAGGAGGAGGUGAAGGAGGAGGUGAAGGAGGUGAAGGAGGAGCCGGGCGGUGAGACGUGGCCGCCCGUGAAGGUGGAGAGAGACGACGCUGACGAUGGUCAGGAAUCUGAUUUUCGCGAAGUCCUCCGACCCAAAGCUUUGGGGGACCUCGGCGAAGACGAGGACCUCGACUCCAACGACGGGGACCUUCGGUCCGACGGAGAGGAUCCUCGUGUUAAAGAGGAACCUUUGGAGAAUGAGAAAGAGGACCUCGACUCCGACGACGGGAAGCUUCGGUCCGACCGAGAGGAUCUUCGCGGCAAAGAAGGGCCUCUGGAGGACGAGGACCUUCCCGCCGGUGCUUCGACGGAGAGAGCUGGGGAGUCGCGGGGAGACCGGGGGACUCCCUCGGACGUGGCGGAGAUCGAGGUGGUCCUGGAGAACAGCAGGGGCCGGAGGAACCGGACGGACAGCCGGAAACCCGGCGACGGCAAGAAGCCGCUCAGUUGCCCUCUGUGCGGCAGGGCGAUGGCGUGCUUAUCGGCCCUGAAGAGGCACGCGAUGACGCACACGGGGGAGAGGCCCUUCAAGUGCUCCGUGUGCGGGAACGGCUUCCGGCUCGCGUCGACCCUCAAGAGCCACGCGAUGAUCCACACGGGGGAGAAGCCGUACAAGUGUUCCCUGUGCGCCAGGGACUUCAUCCACUCGAAGGCCCUCAAGAGGCACAUGAUGAACCACACGGGCGAGAAGCCGCACAAGUGCUCGGCGUGCGGCAAGGCCUUCAACGACUCGUCGACGCUCCGGAGCCACGCGAGGAUCCACACGGGCGAGAGGCCGCACGGGUGCCCAACGUGCGGCAAGACCUUUGGGCACCUCUCCGACCUCAGGAGCCACGUCAAGAUCCACACGGGCGAGCGGAAUCACCGCUGCCCCGUGUGCGACAAGGGCUUCCUGGAGGCCAAGUCUCUCAAGAACCACGCGAUGGUGCACACGGGAGAGAGGCCGCACAAGUGCGACGUCUGCGGCAAGGCCUUCGCGUACCUGUCGGCCCUGAAGGUCCACGCGAUGAUCCACACGGGCGAGAAGCCGCACCGGUGCCCGAUAUGCGACAAGGACUUCAGAAAGUCGUCGGCCUGCAGCCGGCACGUGAAAUCGCACAGCGCGGAGAAGCCGUACAAGUGCCUCGUCUGCGGGAGCAACUUUGCGGAUCUCUCGAAUCUCAACUUCCACGUGAAGUGUCUCAAUCACUGAGCCCGUGUGGAGCCCUCCAGCACGGUCCACUCCGUUUGAACGUGGAUAUCGCCGCUCUCAACCCCCGUGUUGACAUCCACCGGGGGUAAGAUUGCGACGAUCGUCGCCAGCAGUCUUCCCCCCGGGCAUAAGUUACCGCAUCACUUCCAGUUAUCAUUCCCCCGUUUCCGUUAUGCUGUGAUGCGCACUCAUGCCUACUUUAUAGAGGGCGAUAUUGGUAUGUAAAAAUAAACAUUGAUUGUGGCUAGGUAGAUGUUAACUACCUUGCCUGGUAUGCGGGGGAUCGUAGGUUCAAUCCUGACCCUGACGCCUGCUGCUGUAUAUUUGGAGCUUGCGUGUUCUCCCCGUGGUCGCCUGCAUAUUUUUUUCCCUACGCAAUUUAGAAUCACUGCGCGUUUACGGUAGUUGGCUCCUGUAAGUGUCCACUUGCUGAGGUUGCUGCAGCAGCAGCUAUCGUCUGUGAUCUGAGUUGGAUGAUGGCAUUCCAGUCAUUUACUAGGGGGGGGUGAAUGGAUUUAUGUUCUUGGUUCUUUCGGUAAAGUCACGUAGAAGGGAAACAAUAAAAUAAUAAAAGUGUAAAACGAUAAAAUUCUCACGACGUUUCGACUGCAACACAAGCAAU